AUGCCGUACAUGUACAACAUCUACCUUAACGGUCCCAACUUGGUUACAGAUGAAGAGAAGAAGACAAUCUACUUCACAUAUUCUUACUACACUGAAGAAUAUACAAGAAUGUCGAUUGAAUGGUCAAGUGUGUUCAAGACGUCGAAUUGGAACAUACAAAGGAAAGAUUGGUCCAUUCAACGGAUGCACAUGCGUACGAGGUGCGGCCUUUAUGGCCUGUGCGGGCCGUUUGGGAUUUGCAAGGAGUUGGGCUCGCGGAUAUGUGUCUGUAUGCAAGGAUUCGAGCCUAAGUCGAUUGCUGAGUGGAGUAGCAGGAAUUGGUCAGGUGGAUGUGUAAGGAAAGCCCAGUUGAAUUGUAGUAGUGGAGGGAAAGGAAAUGGAUUUUUGAAGAUUGGAGGAUUGAAAAUGCCAGAUUUUGCAGAUUGGAAGCGUGGCGUGGGUGAUGGAAAGACCUGCGAAGAUGACAGUCUGAAGAACUGUUCUUGUAUCGCCCUCGCCUAUGUUAGUGGAAUUGGGUGUAUGAACUGGGGUGGAGAUUUGAUCGAUAUUGAAGAAUUCAGCUCUGGUGGAGAGAAUCUUUACAUCCGUCUGGCAGAUUCCGAACUCGAUUCAGGAAGGAAGAUAAAAUGGCAGGAAAUGGUGUUGUUUCAUAUGGGCCCGAAUCUACAUGCAUUCAGAAACUCUUCAGAUGCUGAUAUACGGAGAGAUGGUGUAAACCAAACGAAAGGCCCCGAAUUACCCAUUUUCGAUUUUAAGAUGAUAGCAAAGGCAACACGGCAUUUUAGUGAUGCAAAUAAACUUGGAGAAGGAGGUUUUGGUCCUGUUUACAAGGGCAAGCUCCCUGAUGAACAGGAAAUAGCAGUGAAAAGGCUUUCCAAAACCUCUGGGCAAGGAUUACAAGAAUUCAAGAACGAGCUUAUGCUCAUUUCCAAACUCCAACACAGGAAUCUUGUUAGGCUCUUGGGUUGUUGCAUCGAAGGAGAAGAGAAGAUUUUGAUAUACGAGUACAUGCCCAUCAAGGGCUUGGAUUCCUUUCUUUUUGGUUUUGGUGUAAUAUCUUUGUUAGAUCCAAGCCAGCAAUCGGUACUGGAUUGGGCCAAACGCUUCCACAUUGUGGAAGGGAUUGCUCGAGGGCUUCUUUAUCUUCAUCAAGAUUCAAGAUUGAAGAUCAUUCACAGUGAUCUUAAGGCGAGUAAUAUUCUACUAGAUGGAGACUUGAAUCCAAAGAUAUUGGAACAAGGAAGCAGCGUCUUGCCCAUCUUGAACGGAUGGAAGAGUCCUUUUAGAAGCAAAAGGCUAGAGUCUCCUGGAUUGAGGAAGGUGACAGGAAUACUAAAUUUUUCCACAACACUGCAAAUGAGAAGUUCCGACACUCCUUCAACUCCAAGUUCAAAGAUGCUGCGGGUAAUGUCAUUUCAGGGCAAGAGGAUCUCAAACAAGCUGCCGGCAGAUUCUUUGAGGAGCAGUUCUCUGGGGAUCCCGCUAACUAGUUGGUUGAGCUGCUUCAGAACAUCCCAAAUCUGA